CUCUCUUUCUCUAGAUCUAGAUCUGGAGCAAACAUCAAUGAAAUUGAAAACACGCAGUGAUGAACACCGAUUUGAAGAAACCCUAACUGAAGGUAACCAGCCGGAGCCGAUUUUGAUGUUUAUAACUGGCCUUAUAGGAUGUUCUUGGCUUUUAAAAUCGAUAAACAAAUCAAAGCUAUUAGGAUGUUCUGUUUGAUUCUGUCCAAGCUGUUGAUUUCAAAACAUAAUGUGGGUGGAUCUCCUGUAUCAAUAUUUUCACUCACGGGAAGUAAUGCUGGUGAUGGACGUUUAGCUGCUGGUCUCAAACGGCUUACAACAGUCAGACAUCCAAACAUUUUAUCAUUUCUUCAUAGUACUAAGGCUGAAGUAAUUGACGGCUUCUCUGCAAAGCUCACUGUAUAUUGCCACUCAACCUGUUACGCCACUUGCGGAAAAAAAAUCAAGGAAUUAGGAUUGCAAGGUACACAAAGGUAUAGGCUCAUAUCUAGCUGAUCUUAUUGUUGUUUUUUCUUUGUUUCAUGAAAGGAAAUAAAAAAAAAUUAGAGUAUCACACUCUCCAACUCAUUAAGGAAGCAUGAAAGGAAAUCAACAGAAAGAAAAAAAGCAUGUUACAAAUUUAGCAUUAGCAUGGUUCUGGUCGGAGAGAGAGAGAGAACGAGGAGAGGGAGAGAGACGAGAAGGAGAACAGGACAGCGAGGGUUCUGGUCGGCGAGUGGCUGUAGUGGGGGAAGGAGA